UGCGGUUCCGUCCGCUCCCUUUGGCGCCAUGGCGAUGUGCCACGGCACCGUGGUGGCCACAGCGCUGCUGAUGGUCGCCACGUUACAAGGAUGCGGUUUGACGCACAGCAGCUUUCAAACCACGUGGACAGGUGGUGUGAGGCAUGGCAAGUGCAGCACCAUCGGUAGCCACGGGCAUCGCAUGGACUGCGGUAAAGACGUGGAGGUCUGUGGUGUGCUGACGUUGGAAAGUGGUGAGGGGAAGGGUGCAUACACGCACCCUCAGCCCGUGGUUCAUGGCCUCUGGCCACAAACCUCCAACUUCGGCACCUCCGAAUGCGAGCGCCCGGAGAUCUCCGCGGCGAAUCCCACGAAGGUCUACCCUUGUUUCGACACGCAGGGGUCCUCAUCUUCGGCUGUUUGGUUUCAAAAACACGAGUGGGAGAAGCACGGCGUAUGCGCUGGCGUCAAGAAUGCGGAUGACUUCUUUCGACAAGUCUGUCAGCUGUCGAGCGCACCCUUGCAGGUGAUGGCCGGCUCCAGAGCUGCUGGGCAGGACCUGGUCGAUAUGGCAGACCAACUGCAACGAGCUGGCUACUGUGUCUAUCACAUUGAUUCAUACAACAAGCAGCUGCAACUCUCAGCGUGUCAGGACGAGAAAGGGAUUUGGCACUUGGCCGAUGUGAACAGUUUCCCUCAAGUCUGCGGCGGCGGUGGAGGUUCGCCAGCUGGUGGCGGCGAAAUCGGUGGAGUUUGCGUCACGGGGCAACGAGGGCCCAGGUGUAGCAAAGAUGCGGACUGCUGGGGCAAGGCCAACUGUCAAAGAUGUGCGCAUAGCGGCUACUGUACGGACGUUCCAUUGACGCGAUCUUUGUCUGAGCACUUCACGGGGCUCUGGCAGUUCCAGGAGGGCACAGCCUCGACCACCUUUUUGGCGGUGAACGUGAUGAUCGCCAGCGUGUACCUCUUGGCUACCCUCACCAUCGUUCGGAGCCGUUCGCAGAGAGGGCAGAUGGCCAGCAUGGCCAGCUCUCCCCUGAUCCAAGCGGAAGCUGAGUGAGUGGUGCCAGGCAGUGCCGCCAGAGCCAUUGGAAAAUCCAACAGAAAUCCCACAGAAAUAUGGUGACUUACCCUCUGGUAAACUGUCACAUA